GCGGCCGCUUCAGCCUGAUUGUAUAACCAGUCUAAUCUCAACAACCUACUUGACGACUUCGAUAAUCGUAGCGACAUCCUAUCCAAACCAUGGUUUUGUUCUACGCGCGCGGUGUGCCAAUUGGCUACAUCGCCGUCAUGCUCGCGCUUGUCGCGUCCAUGGGCGGUUUUAUCUUCGGUUACGAUACCGGACAAAUCAGUGAUAUUCUCCUCAUGGACGACUUUCUGCAACGAUUCGCAACAUGUAGCGAUAGAGCUGUCGCAUCUACUUGUUCAUUUUCUGUGGUACGCGAGGGUUUGAUCGUAGCUUUACUUUCAAUCGGGACCCUUGUGGGCGCGCUGUUAGGCGCACCAACGGCCGAUAUACUUGGCCGUCGCCGCGCUAUGCAAUGGGAAUGCAUCGUCUUCAUUAUAGGCGUCAUCGUUCAAAUCACCACUUUCCAUUCUUGGGAACAGUUCGCGGUUGGACGUCUUAUCUCCGGUCUCGGAGUUGGCGCACUCUCUGCCGCUGUCCCGAUGUACCAAGCCGAAGCGGGCCCGCCCCAGAUUCGUAGCAUGCUCACCGCGACUUACCAACUGUUCAUCACAUUCGGUAUCCUCAUCGCAUACUGUAUAUCCAUCGGCACUCGUUCCAUCGGCGGUUCCGGUUCGUGGCGGACCGUUGUCGGUAUCGGUAUCGCUUGGCCGUUGAUCCUCAUGCUCGGCAUGCAGUUUAUGCCCGAAUCUCCCCGUUGGCUAACGCGCAAGGGCCGUUUGGAAGAUGCCAAGGAGUCCCUAGCGCGUGUGCGUGGUGUGCCGGUUGCGGAGGCGCAAGACCACUGGAUCAUCACGCGCGAAAUAGACGAGAUUAAAAGUAGCUGGGAGUACGAGAAGCAGGUCCAAGGUGGCUGGAUCGAUUGCUUCCGGCCCAGGAACAAGAUUCUGUACCGCACGAUUCUCGGCAUGGCUCUGCAGUCCCUCCAGCAACUCACCGGAGCUAACUACUUCUUCUACUACGGCGCCACGGUCUUCGUGUCUGUCGGCAUCCAAGACUCGUAUGUUACUCAGAUCAUCUUGGGCGCAGUCAAUUUCGGCUGCACGUUCGGUGGCCUGUACAUCAUGCAGCGAUACGGCCGUCGUCUACCCCUGAUGCUUGGAGGUGCUUGGCAGUCGGCUUGGUUGUUCGUAUUCGCUGCAGCCGGCACAGCCGUAAACCCAAGGGAAAAUAAGGCUAUCGGUGAACUCAUGAUCGUCUCGGCUUGUAUGUUCAUUUUCGGCUACGCGAUGACUUGGGCACCCGGCAUUUGGAUCAUUAUCGGCGAGACCUUUCCCACGAGCACCCGCGCCAAGCAAGCCGCAUUGGCUACCGCCGCGAAUUGGCUGUGGAACUUCCUCCUCGCCUUCUUCACGCCGUUCAUCACCCGCGACAUCAACUACAGCUACGGCUUUGUCUUCGCGGGCUGCAACCUGGCCGGUGUCAUCGUCGUGUACUUCUUCCUCUACGAGUCAUCGGACCUCUCUCUCGAGUCCGUCGACCAGAUGUACGUCGAUCCGGCGUGCAAGCCGUGGAAGUCGAGAACGUGGGCGCCGCCGGGAUACGCGGAUCGGACGGAUCUGAUCGAGCAAACGCGGGCGGCGGAGGCGCAUAAACCGCUCGCGGGCGCGACCACGGAACAUCGGGAGAAGGUGAGCCACGACAGGGGCACUAUAGGCAAUAUGACGCCCGAAGGAGGGGUUCCGGUUAGAGCGGUCUGAGAUGUCGCGGCUGGGUGGUCACAUACCCAUCCAGAGUUGAGAGAAAGAGAAAGAAAUGACGGCUCGGAGAAUUAAGGUUGUAUCAUGACAUGUUGUAGAUUAGGUGUACAUCUGUACCACUAUAAUAAUCAAGUAAUUCCGAAGUCCUGC